GGCCCGGCGCCCGCGGCGGCCCCGCUGCGGCCCGAGCGGCCUGGCUGCGGGAUCUGUGCGCAGCCAUGGCACGACCGCCCCGGCAGCGCCCGGGGGCCUGGGUGCCGCUGCUCUUGCUGCUGCUGGCCGGGCCCGGCACCUGCGCCGCCAGCCCCGCAGACGACGGCGCGGGCCCCGGGGGCCGGGGACCCCGGGGCCGCGUGCGGGGGGACGCGGGCGCCGACGAGGCGGUGCCGCGCCACGACUCUUCCUACGGCACGUUCGCCGGGGAGUUCUACGACCUGCGCUACCUGUCGGAGGAGGGUUACCCUUUCCCUACUGCUCCUCCUGUGGAUCCAUUUGCCAAAAUCAAAGUGGAUGACUGUGGAAAAACUAAGGGAUGCUUUAGAUACGGCAAGCCAGGCUGUAAUGCGGAGACGUGUGACUACUUCCUUAGCUACCGGAUGAUCGGGGCCGACGUGGAAUUUGAGCUGAGCGCUGACACAGAUGGCUGGGUAGCAGUUGGAUUCUCUUCAGACAAGAAAAUGGGUGGUGAUGACGUCAUGGCCUGUGUCCACGAUGACAAUGGGAGGGUCCGCAUACAGCACUUUUAUAAUGUAGGCCAGUGGGCAAAGGAGAUCCAGAGAAAUCCUGCCAGAGAUGAAGAAGGAGUCUUUGAGAACAAUCGGGUCACCUGCAGAUUUAAACGCCCCGUGAACGUUCCCAGAGAUGAGACAAUUGUCGAUCUGCAUUUGAGUUGGUAUUAUCUGUUUGCCUGGGGUCCAGCCAUUCAGGGCUCUAUCACCCGACACGACAUAGACUCACCACCGACUUCAGAGCGUGUUGUCAGUAUUUACAAGUAUGAAGACAUUUUUAUGCCAUCAGCUGCCUAUCAGACCUUCUCCUCUCCAUUUUGUUUGCUUCUCAUUGUUGCCCUGACCUUCUACUUAUUGAUGGGAACCCCUUAAACACAGCUGCAAAGCCAACAUAUUAAAUGGAUUAGAAAGUCUUUAGUAUAAAUAUAUUUUUUAAGAAUAUGCAGUAUAAUUUUAGCUUUUCUUAUUUAAAAAAAGACUCCUAUGAUUUCAGUUUUUGGAAGAAAGAGCAAGCUGCUUUUCUAAUCAAAGAGGAUUGUUUAAUAUUGAUCCCAUACUUUUGGAAAGUACUUAAAAAUUUUUCUAAGCACUUUCAAAUGUGUUUUCUUAUUUGAGCUUCAAAACAUCUCUGAGUUGGCUUGAUGAAAAUUGUCAGUACCAUCUUACUGAAUGGGAUUUGAGGUUGAGGAAAGCUGCCUUUUUUGGUGACCCACAUGCCAUGUGGCCUUGGCUACUUGGUCAGAUAACACAUAACAAGGUAAAGAAGGAGCUAGGCAUACAGCUUCUAAACAACCUUUAUUCUUCCAACUACAGCUCAGGAGAGUUACUUGGGACAUUACUAAAGAGAACAUUACUGGAUGGCCCUAGUUCACAAUCAACCUUUUAGGCAGAAGAAGUUUCAAAUUUCCAUAAAUGCAUUUGGAUAUUUACACAGCUGAUGGGGAGAAUGGGAAAGAUUAUAAUGAUAAGGAAAUGGUCCAUACUUAGAGGAAAUUUCUUCUCAGUCAGUGAGUAGUUAUGAGAAAAUAUUUUUUAUUGCUGUUUGGAAAGGUUAGGAAUGGGACUGUGAGUGUUCCUGAAGAUGUAAAACUAUAUUAAUGAUAAAAAAAAGAAAAAAGGGCAUUGUUAGCGGUUAGAAUUUGGACUCUUCUCUCACUGUAUUUUAUAAAUUAAACGAUUCAUGUGUUGUUACAGCUAAAUCCGUUGUCAGAGUCGACAUCCACGGAGUAUGAUUAAAUAUGUAUUAUAAUAGACAAGUCCUCUUAAUAAAAAUUUAAGGCAUUUUGAAAAUAAACAUUUUUGGAGAUUGUGGAGAUUUGGAGUAGAAACUUUUUAAAGAUGACAUUUCUUU